UUGUACGUGCUCCUCUUCUCUCGAGUUCUGGUCGCAUUGACCGCGGUUCGUAGUCGCGCUCUCGCGAUCUCCUUGCGGAAGGUGCAUGCGUGCGCGCGCGCGCACGGUCCUCGUAAUAGAAGGCCGAUAUGGAAAAUGAUCGGACGAUACGAGGGAUCGUGCUGCUACGGAUUCAUCUUAAACGACGUGAAUUCUUCAACGAGUAAUAUACAAGAUCGUCAAGAAGGUGCUCAGGAUGAGCGGCUCUCAACAAGAAAAUGCGGCGACCAUCGUCUGCAGGGAGGUUUUCGACGAGACUUCUCACCCCUCCAACGAAGAGGUACUGGAUUAUGCCAAGAGACUCGGAAUCGACCCAGAUACCGAAGCACAUUUACUCCCUCUGGCACGCGAAGGACUUAUGGCUGCCCUUCCAAAGGGCUGGAUACCAUGUUACCACGAAACCAGUGGUGCUUGGUAUUAUUAUCAAGCUUCUACCAGCACAACCACAUGGGAACAUCCCUUAGAUUCAGUAUAUAGGGAACUCGUCGAUCAAGUCAGAAGUGGUAAUCGACAAAUGAGCGUUGAGGAAGACUCGAAGACAACCGCGAAAGAUUUGGAGUCCCACGAGGAGGCAACUUUGCCUAAGGAAGGAAAUAUCUCGCGAGAAAAUACAAUCUUGAAAACGAAGAUCCCGACAAAGUUGGCACCAUUGAGAAAGAUCGAUAGAAGUCAGGAUGGAAGGAAGAAAGAAGAGAGAAUUCGUUCUCGACGAGAGAGCGAUACCAAAUCGGAUAUUAUCUCUUCCUUGUCGACCGAUCGAGCAGCCAGAGAUUAUACGAAUCUUAAGUUCCAAGAUCCUAACUUUUACGAAUGUCCUAAAUUGUUAGACAACGUUAGUAUGGCUGGUAGCACGGAGACUACUCCGAUCACUACGCCUAAGAAAGAAUUGGAUUUGAAGGAAGUACUGAAAAGAUCCGAGUCACUUAGUCCAAGACACGAGAAAGAUUGGGAACAACUUUCUAGUAAGUUUAGUUCGGAAGAGAACAUCAUUGAUAUCGAUAAGCUCAGCGCCAGUGCUCUGGCCAGAUCUGAAAGGACUGAGAAAUUCGACAAGGAGAAACAUCCGAGCCAGUUGGGCCAACAAAAGGAAUUAACAUUAAGCGGAGGUGGUUCGAUGUUUCUAAAGAGUAAUCGCAGCAGAGAUACCACACCUAGUCAAGACAGUGCUAAAUUAGAGGAUUUCCGUGUCGGUGCUGAAGUCGUUGUCCCGGAUGCACUCAAGUCCAUUUUGAGAGAGAAACAAUCGGAGGAUGACGAGAGGCCGUUGGACGAGGAACGGAAGAGUGUACGAUUCGAUCUUGAGAAAGAAGUCGACAUUAAGUUCACUUAUUCUGGAUCGGAAGACGAAUGGGAUUCCGGAUCGGAAGAACAAAAUCCACCUAUCUCGGCCACUACUACGGUUGAUCGUCAGUCGACAGGCUCGGAAACGUCGGCUUGGAAAACGACUGCUCGUUCUUUCGACGAAGACAACAAAGUUGACGUCGAAGAGACUAACGUGAGAAAGAGUACGCUCUUUACCAAACUACAACCUUUACCAAAGAGUAGCAAAAUCGUUGGGAAGAGAUUCGUCGUUAGAAACGUUUCCGAAAGCGAGCAUCGUACUCAAAUGAAUGCGAACGAGACGUCGUCUAUCAAGAUUGAAGAAAUCGAACAGAACGUUCAAAACAGUAGCAACAAGUUCGAGAAUAUUAAAAAUAUCGACGUGAUAUCGAAAAGCGAGACAGAGUCGAGUAUAACAAGAAAUACGGACUCGACUAGCGUACCAGAAAAAACGUGGAAGACUACUGUUAGGCUACGCAAAAAUAGUGUAAAUGGGAGUUUUGAUCUCGCUAGGAUCGAACGAGAGCUUGAGAGUUCUCAUCGUCCUGGAAAAUCCAAACUUGAACAUUCGAGAAGUUUCGAGGAUACGAAAAUGAAUUUAACCAAGGAACAUGAAAAAGAGAUGGAAGCUUUGAAGAAAGAGUUUGAGGAAAAACUUGAACAAGCUAGAAAAGAAUUCGAAGAGAACCUUCGGGUUAAGAAAGAAUCCCUUAGGCGUAACUUUGAAGAGAAAUUGAUUGAAUUUAAACGAGAAAUGGCUGAGAAGGAGGAACAAGAAAUACAAAAAUUGAUAGCAGGAAUGGACGAAUCAAGAGCGGAAAAUUUGAAGAAGGUUAGAGAAGAAUUAGAAGUUUGUUACGAGAAAGAACGUUUAGAGAUAUUAACCAGCUUAAAAACCGAACUGAAUGAAAGAAAACGCGAACUUCUCGAGUUAAGAAAUCAAGAAAUGGAGAAGCUUGAGAGCGAGCAUGAACGUGAUCUCGGUGAAGAAAAACUUGCGAAGUUGAACGAGUUUGAGUUGAAUAAGCAACAGAGUGAAAGAAUCGAGGCAUUGAAAAAGGAACUGGAUAAGGAGUUUGAUGAUGUCAGAACUGAACUAAGAAUGCAGCAGAGGGAGAAAAUAACAAAACUUACGGAGGAACACGACAAGUGUCUUGCCGAGAUCCUGCGUGACUUUAGAAUCGACGAGGGUCUUGCUCGUAAGAUGUACAAACAACGGUUAGAGGAAAUCCGUGCUGAUUUUUCUCGAGACGUUGAAAAGGAAGCUAGAAAGCAGACCGAACUUGCCAUUCAACAAGAGUGUAUGGACUUCGAGAAGAUGCGUUGCGAGAAACGUCUACUGCAGGACAAGUAUAUGGCCUUGAAGGAGAAAUACAUGAAGUUGAAGAACGAUGUAAGGCUAACCGUUGAGAGAAGGAAUAAGAGCAGAGGUGGAUACACCACAGCAUCGGAAACGGAGAGAUCGAAAACUGAGAAGACUGAUUCGUCCGAUCAAAAUACCCCGCUGAGGAGCACACAUUCAACGAAUUCCGUGGCAAACGCUAAACCGACAGAAGUAGUAACUCGGACAGCAACAAACGAGAAGAGUCAGAGCUUAAACGAAAGCGAGGAUUCGAAAAGCGCGGCCAAAAGCAGCCAGGGGUUUCGAGGCGUUGUUUCCACCAAUAGCGUGCCUUCUUCGAAGAACGCCGCGAAAUUUGAAUCCGACGACACUACUACAGCGAGUGAAACGAAUGCGAACACAAUGAGGAGACGUAAAAGUCUUGGAAGAAAGACUAUUUCUAAUAGCAAACAACAAAACGCUACUCCUAAUACCACAGGCAACAACAAUAACAACAAUAAUCUCGAUAAUCCCGUAGAAAAUAUCAGAAAACAAUUGGAGAAGCUUGAACAUCUUGGCGAUCAAUUGCCAAGCAACGAAACGGCCUACACGCUUCGAUAUCCUUUCCAGGAUAAAGCACCAGCGAAUGCCUCCUCGGAGUUAGAAUUCUUUCGGCAUCGGAUACACGUGGAAAGGGAUUCAGUAAGAAGGGCUAGAGAAGCAUUGAAACAACAGAGGAAUGCUUUUCAGGGUAGACAGAGAGCUUUGAAACAACGAAGUGCUAGAGCUACGUUAGAACAGCUGGUCCAGGAAGAACGUGAACUCUCCGACAUGGAAGUCAGCUUACAUCGUACUAGAAGUCUUUUAGGCGAGAAAGUCAUUCAUUUGAGACACUUGGAACAAUCUUUAGAAAGAGUAGCAAAUGCUAAAAGAAACGAAAAUGAUGCUACGUCGACAAAGAAUGACGAGUUGACCUUAAGCGACAUGUCCAGCGCCAGUAGCGGCUUCAGUUCGACAGAUAUUGGAACUGAUACUUUUAUAGAUAAGCCAGAUCAUUAUCAAGAGUCAACAGAGAUAAUCGCUAAUUUAGAGAAUCUCAACUCUGAAAUACGUGAGAUUUGGAGUGUCCUGAAUAAACGUCAAGAUAGCAAUAUUCCACCACCACCGACUUUGAUGUAUUCCUAUUUAAGAUGGUUACGUCUUCAUCCUCUCACUGCUUCAACGACCAAUAUACAAGGAACCUUUGGCACUCCGAACAUCCAAUCGAAUAUCUUGUCUCAAUUGACCGCAGCGCAACCACCAACAACAACAACUACUCAAAACAUAAUCGCUCAAUAUGGUCCUAAUAGUGGGUUCACCACAAGCGUUGGAAACACCGUUGAAAAGAGUUCUUCAAAUUUGGCUGAUAGAACUCGAAAUCUCAGGGAUUGGUUAAGACAAGCUCGUGUCGAGACAACCGACAUGAUUGGCCCUGGACAAGCAACCCUCUAAAAAAGAAGAAAUCUUAUUUCACGAAAACAAACAUACUUCUUCCUCGUAUAUCUCUUAUCCGUAGCUGUGAAAUUCUUACUUCGAUAUCGUUUUCGAAAAAUGUUGUUGCUGAUUAGUUCCUCGACUAUUUCGCUAAUCGAAUCUCUUGAAUUAGACGACGAAUUAGACGAUUUACUUGAAUUAAGUUAGAGAAAGGGUGAACGAUACUAUUUUAUGAUUGAAAUAGUUCUGACACAAACACACACAUAUGCAGACAGAUAUAAACAGACUAACUUAUCCGAUAAAAUAGUCUGAUGCGAAUCUUCGACAAAGCGUGAUCGCGUCGAUCGUUUCUUAAAGUCAUCAAUAUGGAACAUAGUUGAGAGCGUAAUCACGUUUUUAAUUCCGAUUGAACGACGAUUUGGAAAGGGAGAUAUACGCUGUUAAGUGCAUUAUAUUUUAUGAUGAUACUUCUCUAUUAUAAUUCUAGUCGACAUUUAAAAAAAAAAAAAGAAAGAAAAGGAGGCUGUAAAUACCAAUAUUUUCGAUACUAUUUCAAUCUUGAAAUAGAGCCUUAACCACCCAUUAAAUAUGUCACUGUAAUACACUGUAUGAAUGUAA